AUGGCUAGUGACUGUCCACCCCACUCUGCCCCGGACCCAGGCAUCGUCUGCAGCAGAAGGCACAUGUGGUGGCAACAGAGACGCUUCUGCCUGGUGACGCUUCAAGGGCUGGGCUUAGGCAAGCUGGCGCUGGAGGUGCAGCUGCAGAAAGAGGCAGCAGAGCUGGUGGAAGCCUUCCGCCAGGAGCUCGGUAGAUCCUUCGACCCUCAGGUAUCCAUUGUCAGGUCCACAGUCAGAGUCAUCGGGGCCCUUGUGUUUGGCCACCACUUCCUCUCAGAGGAUCCCAUCUUCCAGGAACUGACUCAAGCCAUCGACUUUGGCCUGGCCUUGGUCAGAACUGUGUGGCACUGGCUGCACGAUGUGUUUCCCUGGGCCCUCUGCCACCUCCCAGGACCCCACCAGGAGAUAUUUAGGUACCAAGGGGUCGUGCGGAGCUUAACCCGCCGGGAGAUUACCGGGUGCAAACUCAAAGCACCGGAGGCCCCCAAGGACUUCAUCAACUGCUCCCUGGCCCAGAUCUCCAAGGCCAUGGAUGAGCCUGUCUCCACAUUCCACGAGGAGAACCUGGUCCAGGUGUUGAUCGACCUGUUUCUGGGAGGCACCAACACCACGGCCACCACCCAGCGCUGGGCACUCAUCUACAUGAUCCAGCACGGAGCUGUCCAGGGUGAGGAGCCCUUGGUCACGCCCUGGCUGACUGCCCCAUGCGUGGGGCUCCUGGGCCAUGGGCAUUGCCCCCAUCACUCUCCUUGCUCUGUGGCCCCAGGGGUGGGUCCUGCUCUCACCGCUGUGGGCACCAUCAUCUUACCCUUAUGUAGAGGCUCUGUGCUCUACGACCCUGAGUGCUGGGAGACCCCUCCACAGUUCAACCCUGGCCACUUCUUGGACAAGGAUGGAAACUUUGUGGCCAAUGAGGCCUUCCUGCCAUUCGCUGCAGGGCAUUGUGUGUGCCCAGGGGACCAGCUGGCUCGAAUGGAGCUCUUCCUGAUGUUUGCCACCCUCCUUAGGACCUUUCGGUUCCAACUGCCAGAAGGGAGCCCGGGGCUCAAGCUGGAGUACAUCUUUGGGGGCACUUUGCAACCCCAGCCCCAGGAGAUCUGUGCAGUGUCCCGCCUGAACAGCCCCAGCCCUGGUCCUAGGGAGGAUGGCCUGUAG